AGGUGUUGAAUUUUGCAAAGAAAAUAUUUUGAAGGAUGAUUAGAUCAUUGCUGCGAAUCUCGACUUUCUUGAUUUCGGUGUUGAUUUCGACAACAACGGGAAAAACUGCUUCACGAACGAACCAUGAAGAAAUAUGCCGAGAAUUCGGCGCCGUCUUGAAAGGCGUUGAUCCGAAAUUGGCAGACAUUCAAGACCCCUCCGUGUCGUUGGAAAUUUUCCCCGCGGAUUUCGGACCCAAAAACUUGCUCACAAUCUCGAUGGUCUUUGAUUUCAUGCCAGACGAAGCUUUCCUCGGAGAAACAACGACGAAUCCGAGCAUAAAUGGAAAGUUUGUCGCAGAGGAUGAAGGCACGACUUCAGUUUCCUGCAAAUCGUUUCUUGAUCAACAGCAAACACCCAACAGCAAUAAGCAAUUGAUCCAUUUUGACAAGGACGCAAUCAAGAAAAUCGCGCACCGUCGAUUGGGACCAAAAGAAGACAAGUUCCUCUUCACCGUGAAGUGGUCACCAUCAGAUAUUCCUGUGGACGGUGAUGUCAUCAUCAGUGCUUAUUGGAGAAGAGGUGGGACCUGGUUUGCGAAGCAAUCAAGUCCACAUCCAAUUAUCGGCAAUCAUUUCGCGGAUAGAAAAGCUGCUUUUAUGAUGGCCAAUUACGAAGCACCUCCUCGCAGGGGUUCGAGAAACACGUUGGCCAUAGUCCCUGACAAGUCCUUGGAUGGGUUCUACGCGGGUUGCGAAGUGACGCAGGGUUGCGUGGGUUGUUCGGCUGUUGGUGUGUGCACCGGAAAAGCUAGUCAAGGCUGUUUGGCGGCGAAAAAUUGCCAAAUCAUCGUCAAUUAUCAGUGGCAAAAGUCCGUGGUCCAAUUUUCACUGAUGGCUAAGCAAGUGCCUCUCCAAGGCUGGAUAUCCGUGGGGAUCUCCAAGGAUGAGAACAUGGGAGGUGAUUCUGUCGUGCUGUGCAAAACAGCACAGACUCGUUCCAGUCUAAAUAUUUCCGUGGAUGCUUAUUGGAACUCUGGGAAAACCACGCCAACGCUUUUGGAUCCCUCUCCAGCUGGGGUCGUGAUUGAUCCGAAUGGAAGAUAUGAAAACGGAGACAUGUAUUGUUCAUUUUCGCAAAGUGUCCAGACGACAGUCGCCAGUAACAAAUUUGACUUGUACAAGGAAAGCUACUUUGUUUUGCUGGCUGCUGGACCGAUCCGUAACGAUGGAACUCUAGCUAUUCACACAGUGCGAGGAGCUCCGGGAAGUGCAGUAAAUUUGACGAGCGUGGAAGGAGCCGAUCUGACCGGGGAAGCCCUGGAAUUGGCACACGGAGUGCUGAUGAUUUUCGCUUGGGUUGCAGCGGCAUCAAGCGGAAUGCUCGCCGCCAGAUAUUACAAACGGACCUGGGUUGCUUCAACCCUCCUCGGAAAAGCUGUGUGGUUUACGAUUCAUCGAGGCUUGAUGGCACUUACGUGGAUUCUGACGAUCGUGUCAUUCCUCAUUAUUGUGAUAAAAGAACAAGGAUUUGAAAAGGGUUACCAUCCCACAAUCGGGAUCAUCGUAUUGGUUCUGACUUUCAUUCAACCGUUCUUGGCCGCAAUAAGGUGCAGC